UAACAUCGGACAGGAAGAUGAAAAUUCUGUUAAUCCUGGAAGAUAAUGAAAAACACAAGAAAGUUUGGAAACAGUUUAAAAAAAAAGUCAAACGAAAGCUGCACAAAGUUUCCGCAGAGGAAAGUAACAAGGAGAUUAAGGCUGUUAUGAAGUUCUGCAAUUUUAAGGGUGAAAGUGACCUUGAAGCAGCACUGACAAGCAUUCCUGAAAACAAGCCUGCAGUUCUGGUGGUGCUCCAUGAAACAUCAGAACCAGACACAGUGGGAAAAGACAGCGGCAGAUCUGAGACCAGAGAGAAUACGUUCAUAGUGCACUGUGUGUUUAAUAGUGAGGUUAAAACAUUAGAGGAAUACCAUAAGAAGCGCAAGGUCUGGAAGGAAGUCGACGAAUUUCUCCAAUCUGUGGCUUCAUCAGAAAGCACGAAUACACCAUAUUUUACUAUUGUAGUGGGAAAUACUCUGAAGUCCCAUGAGCAGUUCCUGGAAAAACUCCAUGAAAAAAGACGUCUAAGGAGUGUGUCUGAUGUGGGGAAGUGUAAUGUAAUUUUGGUUUUCUGUCCAAUUGUUUCACGAGCUGGAACUGACAUUGAAGCAGCACUGCUCCAACUUAAUCGUUUAUCAGACAAACCUGCUGUUCUAGUGGUGCUCCAUCACACGUUUGAUCCAGAAAGCACUUUACCAGACAGCAGCAGAACUGUGAGCAGAAAGAAAACACUCACAGUGGACUGUCUGUUCCAUGAGGAUAGAGGAUUGCUGCAGUGCAGGAAGAAUGAUGACGCUUUAAAAGGCGUUUCAAACUGGAUCAAAUCUGCGAACUCACUUUAGCUGACUUCUAAAGAAGACUCCAUUAUUAAGUCAGCCAUGAGUUUUUAAAGGAUCUUAAAGAAAGAAGUAGGAAGGAAAUUCUGGCCAGUGGACACUGAGAAGAUUCUUCACCCACAGGCCACUUCAAGGGAGGCUGUGAGCUCUACUGAUUUUUUUUUAAACAGACCAUUGCUGCAUCGUGACUAAGCCACCUCAAUAUGAAGUCCAGUUUGUGUAUAUUUAGCCAAAUCUGUAUUACUGCCUAUAUAUCAACAUAUUCAAAUGUUUUACACUUGACAUUAACCAAAUUAACAUGUAUUGGUAAUUGGGCUGUUUAGGUUAUGUUGUUAGCAAAUAUAAAUAAUGAUGCUGAGCAUGUUCUUUAGUUUUGGGUUGGAAGUCGUAUCAGAGAAAUCAGAUUUAAAGUGGCCUUUUAUAUCAUUUUGAUAGCUUUUUUAUAUUGUAACAGUUGUAUGAUCCUCAUCAGGCACAUAAUUAUAGUAUAACCUUUAAUGAUAUGUUAGCAUUGCAAUUUCUUUUUAUCGAUUAUGUAAUGGUCAUUUCUGCAUGUGCUGUGUCAGUGAUAGGUAAUAGGAAACCCAGGCAAUAGUCUGCAUAUAAAAACAAAUUUCCUGAAUUAAAUCAGGUUUUCCAUCCUCCCAGUUGUUGUUGUGUUUAGUAUUUUGGAUUAUAUUCAUGACGAGCUUGUAUUUGUAAUGGCCCCUAGAUUAGCUUAUUGUUGUACAGGCAGAUGUCACAAAAUGUAGCAACUGAGGAGACUUGAUCAUUAGCAUGCAUCUACUUAUAAUCAAUAACAAUAUGUGUAAUUGAAGUUAUAACUUUUUUAGCAAUUGUUUUAUUGAUUUAAUUAAUUCAAUUAAUUGUGAAGACAGAAUAAAUAUUUUGGUUCAGUGGAACAGCUUGAUCAAUGUUGAUUGAAUGAUUCAAUAAAUAACGAAUAAAAGUAAA